UAUCAACUUUAGCAUAUAAAUAGGAAGAAAUAGAUGGCAGAAAAUUCCUCAUCCUCAAUGAGUUCAUCUCUUCAAUAAACUUGGCUGAUUUACAAGUUAAUAUUAUAGCAAUUGAAUUGGAGAGUGAAGUCAUAAAUCCAUAGGAUAAAAAUGGAGAACCAAGUAGAUGGUUCAUUAGGAGGCAGGUAUAAGCCAUUCUUUGCUGCAGUUUUCUUGCAAGUUGGGUAUGCAGGCAUGGAUAUCUUAUCUAAGACUGCAUUAAACCUGGGGAUGAGCAAUUACGUACUCGUUGUUUACCGCCAUGCCAUUGCCACCCUUGUUAUGGCUCCUUUCGCUGCUUUGCUCGACAAGAAAGUGAGGCCUAAGAUGACCAUGAGAAUCUUCAUCCAAAUAAUGGUGCUAGGCUUACUGGAGCCAGUAAUUGACCAAAACUUGUAUUUUUUGGGAAUGAAAUACACAACUGCAACCUUUGCAACUGCCAUGUACAAUAUUCUGCCUGCUAUAACUUUCGUUAUGGCUUGGAUUUUCAGGCUUGAGAAGGUGAAGUUAAGGUCCAUCCGUAGCCAUGGAAAGAUUAUAGGAACCCUUGCAACAGUUGCAGGAGCGAUGGUGAUGACACUGAUGAAAGGACCAGUGCUUGAGUUGUUUUGGACCAAGGGAAGAAACAACCAUGAAGCAGCAUCCAAAAACGGGACCGAUCUCCACGAUUGCAUUAAAGGUGGUGUACUCAUCACAAUUGGCUGCUUCAGCUAUGCUUGUUUCGUAAUUCUCCAAGCAAUCACUCUGGAAACCUAUCCAGCUGACCUUUCUCUAACAGUUUGGAUAUGCCUGUUGGGCACCCUUGAAGGUACAAUAGCUGCUUUGAUUAUGGAAAAGGGAAAUGCUGCCAUUUGGGCCAUUAAAUGGGACACCAAGUUGCUCACCGCUGCAUACACUGGUAUUGUAUGUUCAGGACUUGCUUAUUACAUUCAAGGGAUGAUAAUGAAACACAGAGGUCCAGUAUUUGUGACAGCUUUUAGUCCCCUAUGCAUGGUUAUUGUAGCCAUUAUAUCCUCUUUCAUUCUGGCUGAACAAAUGUUUCUGGGAAGGGUGAUUGGAGCUACCGUCAUAAUUGUGGGUCUAUAUCUGGUGUUAUGGGGUAAAAACAAGGAUUACAUGAAGUCUCCACCACCACCAUCGCCACUAAUGGAUGGGCAAAUAAUAGAAGCAGCUAAAAUAGAUAUGGGUAUCACAGUUGAUGACGGCACCAAAGGAACCUCGAUCAGAGAUGAAAAAUUACAAGAGAAAAGGCAUUCAAUUAUCGUCUAAAAUUUUCCAACAUAAACAUCACCCACUAGCCUAAAACAGGGGGGGAAUCACUUGCAACUUAUGGUAGUGCUUUUCUGAUUCAACUGUAAACUGUCAUCCCAUGAUAUGAUUUUGCACUAUAAAAUAUUAUUUUGAGUAAGUUCAUGAUUCUGGGUGGAUUUCAUUCACUCAGCCAAUCGCACUCCUCCCCUAUAGAUCCCCAGGGGAUGUAUCCACCAUUUGUAAUUACUAAGCUUAAAGGAGCUCCUUUUUAUUUAUAUAUUUUCUUUCUCAAAUAAAGCAUAUUUAAGUAUGA